UUUGAAGUAUUUCCCCAACUUAAAGUUGCGUUUGUUUGCAAACAAAGAACAGCCACGUGGAGAACUGAAGCUGUCUGGGAAGUGUAGUGCCAUCUGAAUAUUAAGACCAGCGCGUAGGCACCAUUUAGACUUCAAUUCCCACAAUGCAACAGCAAAACGAUGUCAGACGCAGUCGGCUGAUUUUUUUUUUCUCUCGUGACAAGUAUAUAUGGCUUCAUUGUUUACAGUGAGUUAGUUAGAGGUCUUUGUUGUUGUCAUUAACCCGGAGUCAAAAUGCCCCGGCUGUGUACCAGCCUGUCGUCUGUAUCUUAACUCUUUAUCACCACAGCUUUGUAAAAACAGCUUUUUAAAACUUUUCAGCACACGUAUUUUUUUUUUCCAGUUACGUUUCCUCUAUUUUUAACUGCAAGGGAGACUUCACGGGUACAUCAAAAUAAGGUGAUCUAAGAUUUGAGAAACGGUCUGUAUUAAAGGUGGAAGCCAUGGUGUUGAUUUUGGGCCGAAGGAUUAUUAGAGAGGACUCUGGGAUCAAAGACUCACCGGCUGUCAAACGCAAGGUAUUUGACGUUGAUCCCAAAGGUUUGGCCAGCCAGGAUGUUUUGGAUUUCUGUUCUGGUUCAUCCCACUCAGAAGGCAUCUUGCAGGUGUUUAAUGAGUUUCGUGACUGCCGCCUGUUCACUGAUGUGGUCAUCAGUGUACAGGGACGUGAGUUUCCCUGCCACCGGGCUGUGCUCUCUGCAUGUUCUUCCUAUUUCAGAGCAAUGUUCUGCAAUGAUCACCGUGAGAGCCGCGAAAUGCUCGUGGAGAUCAAUGGCAUCUUGGCCGAGGCAAUGGACUCCUUCCUCACCUAUGUUUACACCGGCCGUGCCAAAAUUACCACAGAGAACGUCCAGUUUCUUUUUGAGACCUCCAGUCUUUUUCAGAUCACCACACUGCGUGAUGCCUGUGCUAAGUUCCUGGAGGAUCAGUUGGACCCCUGCAACUGCCUGGGUAUCCAGCGCUUUGCAGACGCCCAUUCUUUAAAGCAGUUAGCUAGUCGUUGCCGCAGCUAUGCCCUUGCCAAUUUCUCAGAGGUGGCUCAGCACGAGGAGUUCCUUGACCUACACAAAGAAGAGCUGGAAGAGUAUAUUGGCAGUGAUGAGCUGUCUAUUGGUAAGGAAGAGGUCGUAUUUGAAGCGGUGAUGCGUUGGGUGUACCACACUGUGGAGACCAGGAGACCAAUGCUAAAGGGCCUGCUGCACCAUGUGCGUCUGCCGCUUCUUCACCCCAACUAUUUCGUCCAGACAGUGGAGGGAGACCACCUCAUCCAGAAUGCCCCAGAGUGCUACCAGCUUCUACAUGAGGCCAGGCGCUACCAUGUGCUUGGAAAUGAAAUGAUGUCACCAAGAACACGUCCUCGCAGGUCAACCGGCUACUCUGAGGUGAUUGUGGUAGUGGGUGGCUGUGAGAGAGUGGGCGGCUUCAACCUGCCUUAUACCGAGUGCUAUGACCCAAUCACAGGAGAGUGGAAAUCCCUGGCCAAACUUCCUGAAUUUACAAAAUCAGAGUAUGCAGUCUGUGCCCUCCGCAACGAUAUCUUGGUCUCAGGGGGUCGAAUCAACAGCAGGGAUGUUUGGAUGUACAACUCACAGCUCAACCUGUGGAUUAGAGUGGCUUCUCUCAACAAAGGCCGCUGGAGACACAAGAUGGGUGUCCUCCUAGGAAAGGUCUAUGCCGUGGGUGGCUAUGACGGCCAGAGCCGCCUCAGCAGCGUUGAGUGUUACGACUCUUUCUCCAACCGCUGGACGGAAGUGGCUCCAAUGAAAGAGGCGGUCAGCUCUCCUGCUGUUGCCAGCUGUGCUGGGAAGCUGUUUGUAAUUGGAGGGGGGCCCGACGAUGAGACUUGUUCAGACAAGGUUCAGUGCUACGAUCCAGAAACUAAUACUUGGUUACUACGGGCCAACAUUCCCAUUGCUAAGCGCUGCAUCACAGCAGUGUCCCUCAACAACCUGAUCUACAUCUGCGGUGGUCUCACCAAGGCCAUAUUCUGCUAUGAUCCUCAGGAGGAUUACUGGAUACAUGUGGUUCACACAUUCAACAAACAGGAGAGCUGUGGCAUGUCGGUGUGCAACGGUAAGAUCUUCAUCCUUGGUGGCAGAGGGGAAAACGGAGAGGCCAUGGACACCAUCCUGUGCUAUGACCCUUCAACUGGCAUCAUCACAGGGGUGGCAGCUAUGCCGAGGCCCAUCUCGUAUCACGGCUGUGUCACCAUCCACCGCUACAAUGACAAGUAUCAUAAACUCUGAUCAAAAAACAAAACACAAAGACACACAAACAAACACUCAAAAACCCUUUACUUUGACUCCCUGUACAACACCCUCUCUCAAACAGGCACAUGUAUUUCUCCACAGCAUCAUGUAGCAACAGUCAGUGUGUUGCUGUGAAUCUUUAACUGUUGUGCUUCACAAAUAAAGCCCUUGUGUGAACGUGGUUGACAAGGUAAACAACCUGACCUUGGCUUGAGAUAAACUAAGGUCAUCCAGCUGGUUUAUCUUGAAUUAGAAAUCUUAACUUCUUAUUGUGUACGUAUCAGGUAUUUGCAUUGGAUUUGUACAUUUACCUCUAAUCUAUUUCCCCUAAUGUGACCUAGUUUAAUACAGAGGUCUGUAGAAAAUGUUUAAGCCUUGAAGCCUGAUUAGAAAUUCAGUGAACAAUACAUGCUGUAUGUCUAAUUUCUUUUUUUUAUUUAUUCAAAAAUGUGAAAACAAGAUGAUAAAAUUCUAUUCCUAAACAUUCAGGAUCCUGGAUUUUUACCUAAAAAUUUAAAUAGUAAAAAUGUGUUUUAUUGCAUUUUGCCUAGACUUAUCUGAAAUGAUAAAAGUUUUUUCAAAAGUUUUAUAAUAGUUUUUACCAAAGGAUGGGCAUCCCAAAAAAAUCUGAGUUUUAAAAUCACUGUCACAAGCUAAGUUGAACACAGCACCACACUGGAUAGAACAACAAAAACUGUCCUCCAUUUUCUAUUUUUUCUUUGAUUAAAAAAACAACGAUCUAAUAGUGACCUGUAGAGAUUUAACAAACAGUCGGCCUGCUGUUCAGCCACAGUGUAUCACAGGUCAUAAAAAGGCAUAGAAGAAAAGAUAAAGAGUGGAGGCUGUGCAAUAAUAUUGGAUCAACACCACUGUUAUCACUGACCUCUUGUUUCCGUUUAUCUCCCACAUCCCUGCACUUACCUCCUGCUUUCACUUCCAAUGCCUGUUUCCCUUUUCCUGUCCCCAUUUCCUUUUCUACAUUAAUGCUCAUUUAAGCAUUAUUAAUUUUUAUAAUUAUUCUCAAUAUAUUCAUUAAUGUCUAAGUUAAACAAGUUUUGAAUUUGUUUUGUAUGUGGAUGUUGUUUUAGCUGUAGCCUUUUGUGUCGCUCAUAUCAGCGUACGUUUAUCGGUGUGCUGGGCUUGUGUGUGAUUUUGUAGGUUUCAGAAGCCUUUGUAGAUCAAACUCUAAGACUGCUCUGACUAUGUGGACACAUGUUUGUGACCUUUGUGACUUGUUCUGGAUGUGUUGAGGUUUGUUUUUGGAGUUCCAGCGGGAACAUUGCAACACAGAACGUCCAUGAACAGAACUCCUGGGGCUGAUGCCGGCACUUCUCACCUGUACACUUACAUGUAAAAAUGUAACUCGGGGGAACCACAGAUACCUCCAGGUGUGUAUGUGUGAAUGUGUGUUUUACUUGUCAGCUGAAGGUGGGGUUUGUAGCAGUGCUAUACCUCACAUUGUGAGUGAUAUGGAUUUUAGAUGGAUUGGCUUAUGGUCAGUAAAAGUCACCUUUUACUACACUUGGUGUUGAUAGACUAGUGAUAUUGCUGUGAAUAUGACUUAUUUUUAUCAUAUGUUGUUGUUUAACCUGUAUUUAAAAAUGUUAUGUUUUCUUAUUUGCAUUUUUUUUUUAUUUUCUGUAACUGAGAGCCCCAAUUGUGCACUUUGACAGAAUACUCUUAAAUGUAGAAUUACAUGACAAUGAUUUUCUUUUUUUCCUUUCCUUUUUUUUUUUUUUUACUGUAUCAGUAAAUGUUUCUUUCUUUCAUGUGAUAAAAAAACAGGGCCUGUCAGCUCCUCCUGUUGGCCGCUACCUGUUAUAGCUUUGAUAUGAGUGACUGCCAGAUAACUGAAUGCAUCACCAAAGGUGUAAACACAAACAUACAGGGCAGAGUUAGUCAGUGGCUCUCGUUAGGAGAAACACUUAUUAAAAUAAAAGCCAAAGGCAGAUAGUUUAAGAUAUGGUUUGAGGAAAAAAAGAUUACAAAGUUAAGAAAUUCCCACCCCAGGUUUGAACUUGUUUUGGUGAUUCGUCAUAUCAUGUCAGAAAAAUGUCUGUGACAUUGACAAAAACACCGGAGGUAAGGGGUUCACUUUAACCAACUUCUAGGAAUUUCCUGAGAAAGAUGUCCUCAUGCUGAAAAGAACUUACCCCAGGCGCACUCCCAUACCUUCACUGUCAACUACUGUAAAUUGAUUUGCUCACAGGGCCAAUAGGAGGGGAUGGGGGUCAGAAAGUGGUUUGAAGAACAGAGCUGGAUUAAUUAAAAAAGUUAAUAAUAAUUUUUUAAAAAGUAAGAAAGAUAUUGUGUUUGAAUGUGUGUCUAGGAUUUCAUCGAGUAUUUGAUGCAGAGUGAGACAUGGACUGUUUUCUAUUAUUCAUUCAAUAUAAUAAUGACUUUUUAUAAUGUUUUUCACGUUUACUUUUUCAUUUGUUUGUUGUGGUGGUUGUGAUUGUGGGACUGUGUUGUGUUGCUCUUGUGUGUUUUUGCAAAAAAUGUUGUUUGAUUUUAUUUUAUUUUAUUUGUUUAAAUAAUACAAAAACAAAUGCAGAUUUAAGAAAGUGGAUUUGAUUGGUUCCCAAAGAUGCCUGAUUAAAAGUUUUUUAAAAAGUACUUGCAUGCAACAUGGGGGCUUUACCCCCUAAACAUGGAGAAGGCUACCAUGUGUGCCUUAUUAAAAUGUGGGGAUUCAGCGUGACCAUUGUGAUAUAACCAUUUAUUGUUGUGUGAGUGAUGAAACGUGUUAAUGCCAUCUUUUCCUCAGAUGCCUUGUCUGACUGUAGGAAAGCAUUGAUAUUUUUGUAUACUACAGUAUGUUUAAAUGUAUUGGUUGACUUGUGUAUGAAAACAUCAAUAAAGUUUUUCUUUACCAGA